AUGGACGAGAGGCCAAAUAAAGUGGCAGGAAAGCUCCGUUCCAACUUUGCGUGUGGAUACGACAGAGCUGAGGCGCCACCAAAGCUGGAAGAGAUUCUGUCCAGAGUGUCAGUCAGGGACGUCAUCGCCUUUGGAGCCACUUGCAGCACCUACCACCAGCUGAGCCUAAGCUCCUCCCUCUGGAGACGGCUCUGCCAUCGCCAGGCAACCGGGACGCAGCAGCCUUCCGCUGCCCCGCCCAACGACUGGCGAAGGACAGCCAUCUUGAAAUACUCCCAGGGCCUCCAGAUGCAGCGUUUGGGCAGUGGGUGGUCCCGGACUCCCAGGUGGUGCAGGUCCGGGGGUCCCUCUGUGUCCCUGGCCGUUGUUCCUCCCCUGGCACUGGGCUACAGAAGGUCCCUGCCAACCCGCGACCACCUCCUGCUGUUUGACUUCCAGGGCACCGUCUUCCUGCUGCGCAACGCCGCCACAUCAUCGCUCCGCGGUCACAUGACUUGGAGGAGGGCCGCACGGCACGCUGUGCUGUGUCAGAAUGCCAAAGAUUUUGCCGUGGAUCCUCGUAGCGACACUCCUUUCCGUCAGUACAUAUAUAACGUCCUGGUUGAGCCAAGCUACCCAGCGGGACCAGCCAGAGGGGUGUUCCGGAUGACCUUUCACCCCUCCCUGACCUUCAUACAGCUCCGCAUCACCGGCUCCGAGGUCAACCAGGUUCCACCCUCAGAUACUGGGAAGGUCUAUUCUCUGUCUGUGAAUGAGACCCAGUUGAACACGCCUCGUUCCUACACCGUGCAGCUGGCUCUGAAGGAGAUCAGCAUCUCUCUGCCUCACCUGCCCGUCGCUCAGGUCCAUUCCAGCUACAGCAGCGUCCUCUACCUCACAGGUGAGGGUUCAGUCUAUUUGGAGGUGCACUCCGUUGGUGUGUAUCGUCAGUUCAUUGGGACCCAGCAGGGUUACGACCCCCAUGACAUCCACACCCCUCUGCCGCUCUCCCUGCCCUACAAGGUGCCCCGCACCGCCCGCUCUCUCUGCGCCUCCAAGGACUGCCUCUUCCUGCUCUGUUGCCAUGACAUCGCCGAGCCCCCCCUGUUCCGCUGCCCCCCUCCUGUAAAGGAGGAGGAAAGUGAGGUGGCGAGAGAUGAGAGGGAGAGGCUGAUCUGGCAACUAGCCCAGCUGAGGGAGUGUGAGAGUCUGAGGCGUAAGGUGGACAUCCUCCGCUGGGCUGUGCAGCGACACAUGACCAUUAACCCCGCCCACAGGGAGUUCCUGGUCCAAGCGCUGAUCGCCAUCCGGCCCGUGUCUGACGAGCCCAGCGGCCAGUCAUAA